UUAUUGUCUUCACUGAUGACUAACCUAAGUGAGCAGUCGCAUUUGGGUGGCUCUCUGGGCCAGCGCGGUCCACAGUGGACUGACGGCCUCAGUGACAGGCCCUCCAGUCGCUGUCAGGUGUGCGGCACGAUUGCGGGACGGAGGAAUUCUUUAGCUCUAGGAGGAGGAGACGCCGGAGUGUGGGUUCACCGUCACCCCGACAAGAUGGAACCGGGUCUGGAGUCGUGUCUUCACGUCGACCGGCAGCUCCUCCGAAAGAACUCAGUACCCGACCUGGGGAGCGGGCUCUACCAAAGGGUGGUGAUGGCAGACGGGGUUUGUGCAGCUCCGCAGGAUUACUACCAGACUGACAUCACCUUAUCUGGGCAGGUACCUGAGGAGUCUGGGUUUUAUAGGGAUAACCGGCCACCGCUCACCAGAUCAGCCUCGCAUUAUGGGCCCAGCCCUGGGGGGGUGAGGUCCACCUGGGAUCAGGGACAAGCAAGAGCCACACCUUCUAUGUUAGCCUCUGCUUCUACACCUACCCCCGCACCUCCUCCUCCUCCCCCUCCACCCCCGCCUCCUCCUCCACCUCCUCCCCCUCCUGUUCUUGAGCUGAGCCGUCUGUACAGGGAAGCGCUGGGGUCUAAGGUGAUCCCAGGCGUCCAGCGCGUUGGCGGCAGCUCUCCCUCUCCUGCAGUCUACGGGGUCCAGCCCCCUCUUCCUCUUUACGCCGCUGAGCCUCCGUCCCUCACUGCCCGCCAAGCUUAUAACGGUAUCUUGCCCCUGGACCCCCGCCAGCCAGCUGCCACCAGUUCAGCGGUGGACCCAGCUACUCAGGGAAUGGACGGAGCUCUCCCCCGGCCAUAUGGAGCUGUUGCCUCCCAGAGAUUGCCUUACGACCCGAGCUAUGACCCCACCUCAGCUAUGGUGGCUGCUACUGCUGGCGUGACCUCCGGCCUGCCCGCUCACCACCCCAGCGCCGCUGACCCGAAGAAGAUGGUGGAUCCGACUUUCUUGGCUUUUCUGCGAGCCGAGGGCUUGGCCGAAAGCACCAUCACUCUACUGCUCCAACACGGCUUCGACUCCAUGGGCAUGAUGGGUAUGAUGGAGGACCAUGACGUUCGUUCUGUGGCGCCUAAUUUGGCUCAGGCUCGUGUCCUGUCCCGCGUGGUGCUAAGCUGCAAGACAGGCGGAGCGGCGAUGCGCGCUCGCUCAAACAGCUUCAGCCACCGUAAUGAUCUGUACAUGCAGCCUCAGGGUCUGAGCAUGGAUCCCAGCCUGAUGCAGCAGCCCCCCACCACCAUCCAGACCGUCUCCCCUAGAAUGGGAGAGUUCUUGGGUAGGAGACCCAGCAGCGCCCCCUCCCAACACCUUCUGGAGACCACCACCUACCCAGGAGCACGGCCCAUGGCAACUGGAGCCUUCCCAGUCAGCCCCGGAGGAUACACCAAUCCCGUAACUCAGGCGAGACCCCUCUCCAUGUACAAUCCCCACACCGGCCUUGCAAUGUCUGCUCUUGGACAGCAGCCUCCACCAGCUCCUGGCACCCCUGGAGCGGCGCCCAAAACCUUCUCUGGCUCCUAUUCCCCCAUUGAGUUGAUGAAGAGAGCCCCCAACCUCCCCCCAGCAUCCCCAGUAGCGGCACCAAGCCCCCUUCACAGCCCCCAACUGCUCCGGAAAGGAAUGAAUGCCGUACCCGACAGUGCCAUUGUUCCUGUCACUUCGUCUUCCACUCUCCAAGCGCAAAACCUUAACAACCCCAAGAUGGUAGGACGCCGCACUGGUCCACCUGUCAUAGUCUCAACCAUGGUCACCACACCUGACACAAGUAUUCGGCCCCAAAUCAUGAACGGGCCAAUGCACCCACGCCCCCUGGUGGCGCUGCUGGACGGGCGCGACUGCACCGUGGAGAUGCCCAUCCUCAAAGACCUGGCCACGGUGGCCUUCUGCGACGCUCAGUCCACACAGGAGAUCCACGAGAAGGUGCUGAAUGAAGCUGUUGGAGCCAUGAUGUACCACACCAUCACUCUGACCAGAGAGGAUCUGGAGAAGUUUAAAGCUCUACGUAUUAUCAUCCGCAUCGGCAGCGGCUACGACAACAUCGACAUUAAAGCCGCAGGAGAGCUAGGCAUCGCUGUGUGCAACAUUCCCUCGGCGGCCGUGGAGGAGACGGCCGACUCCACCUUGUGCCACGUCCUCAACCUGUACCGGCGAAACACCUGGCUGUACCAGGCUCUCCGGGAGGGCACGCGGGUCCAGAGCGUGGAGCAGAUCCGCGAGGUGGCGUCCGGCGCCGCCCGCAUCCGUGGAGAAACCCUGGGCCUCAUCGGCUUCGGUCGUUCGGGCCAGGCGGUGGCCGUCCGGGCCAAAGUCUUCGGCUUCAACGUCAUCUUCUACGACCCGUACCUGCAGGACGGCCUGGAGCGUUCGCUGGGCGUCCAGCGCGUCUACACCCUGCAGGACCUGCUGUACCAGAGCGACUGCGUGUCCCUGCACUGCAACCUGAAUGAACACAACCACCACCUCAUCAACGACUUCACCAUCAAACAGAUGCGUCAGGGUGCGUUCCUGGUUAACACCGCGCGAGGAGGUCUGGUGGAUGAGAAGGCCCUGGCCCAGGCUUUGAAGGAGGGGAGGAUACGUGGAGCCGCCUUGGACGUUCACGAAACGGAGCCAUUCAGGUGAGUUUCAGGGUUACGGAGAUAAA